AUGUCUGCGCCCGAUGAAGACACGUUUGAGCAAGAACGGGGCGAGCAGGAGGAGAUGGACGAAGCAGGCAGCGGCGAGGAUGAAGGGGAGGACAUGGAGGAAGAAAGAGUGGAUGGAGAAGGGGAGAGGAAAGUGUACGUCCCCGGGAUCGAGCCUUUGCCGGCCGGAGAGGAGCUGGAAAUGGACCGCUCCGCGUACCGCAUGUACCACGAGUGCCAGACAGGCAACUUUGACGUCUUGAAAGAUGGAGAAGGAGAAAGCAGGGAGCAGUUUCCUCUGUCCAUGCUGCUGUGUGCGGGAACUCAGGCUGAAACAGCCCUAAAGAACAGGCUGCUGGUCAUGCGCAUGCACAACCUACACGGCACAGGGAAGGAGAAAGAGGAGGAGGAAAGCAGCGAGGAGGAGAGCGAUGAAGAGGAGGAGGACAAGAAGCCGCAGAUGGAGCUGGCCAUGCUGCCUCACUACGGGGGCAUUAACAGAGUUCGAGUGACCCAGUGCGGGCAGCGUUCCCUGGCUGCCCUGUGGUCAGAGAAGGGGCAGGUGGAGAUAUUUGACCUCCAACCUCAGCUGGAGGCCGUCCACAGUUCUGCCGCCAUGGCGGCUUUCCUGCAACAGCAGAAGGAGGCUCCGGCACUCUUCAGCUUCUCGGGACACAUGAGCGAGGGCUUUGCCCUGGACUGGUCGCCCAAAGUGCCCGGUCGACUGGUCAGCGGGGACUGCAAAAAGAACAUACAUGUGUGGGAGCCGCGAGAGGGGGGGGCUUCCUGGCAGAUCGACCAACGGCCUUUCAGCUCCCACAGCAAGUCCGUGGAGGACCUUCAGUGGUCGCCCACCGAAGCCACGGUUUUUGCGUCUUGCUCUGUGGACCAGUCCAUUCGGGUCUGGGACAUCCGCGCCCCGCCAAACUCCAUGCUGUCGGCUGACGACGCCCACGCCUCAGACAUCAACGUGAUCAGCUGGAACAGGAGCGAGCCCUUCCUCCUGUCCGGGGGCGACGACGGGCUUCUCAAAGUCUGGGACCUGCGUCAGUUUAAGACCGGCCGUCCCGUGGCCAGCUUCAAGCAGCACAGCGCCCCCAUCACGUCGGUGGAGUGGAACCCGGUGGACUCCAGCGUGUUCGCCGCGUCGGGCGCCGACGACGUGGUGAGCCAGUGGGACCUGUCGGUGGAGUCGUGCGACGUGGGCGCCCGAGUGGAGGGGGUCAAGGACCUGCCCCCCCAGCUGCUCUUCCUGCACCAGGGUCAGUCGGAGGUCAAGGAGGUCCACUGGCAUCCGCAAGCGCCCGGAGUCAUGAUCUCCACUGCCCUGUCGGGGUUCAACGUGUUCAGGACUAUAUCGGUGUAG